CAUGUGUUGAAACUGUGGCGACAGUCUCCAGUCCCCACGAUUACAGUCCGUUCGUAUGGUGGAUUAUUCUCCAGGUUUUGAAUCCCUAUCACGCUUAAAUUUCCCGUCAUGGCACAAGACCCAAUGUCUUGGGCCAGUAAUGUCGCGUGGAGAAUGGAUAUGGAAUUUAGUUUUUCCAUCUGUAAUCGCAGUUGGUGCUUUCGGUGGACGGGAUGUAGUAAAGGGGGCCCAGCGUAUCAAUGAGAGCUUCCUAUAAGAAUGUAGGCCCAUGACAUUUUAUAGGAAUCAGCUUGGCUCUUUCCAACAACUCCGCGGAUACUGCUCAUUAAUACCGCCUUUGAAAAUGGUUUUCUUCAAGACUACAAAGAAGAGAUGGUACAAUUGGUACAUCUCGCUCGUUGCCGCAGCAUGCAUGGUGCUGUACGGUUAUGAUGCGUCGACCUAUAAUGCCUGCCAGAACUCCCCUCAUUGGGUGGAUUACUUCGACAACCCCAAUUCCUACACUCUCGGUCUCAUUAAUACGUCCUACAAUAUUGGCGGCAUCGUUUCUGGUUUCUUUUUCGGCGGGCCAAUUGCCGAUAGAUUCGGGCGAAGAUGGGGAAUGGGAAUUGGUUGCUUCAUGACCAUCAUCGCUACUUUCAUGCAAACAUUUGCACCUGAGCAUAAUGUUGGUGUCUUUAUCGCCGGUCGUGUCAUUAUUGGACUUGGCCAGGGUAUUGCAUUGACUUCUGGACCAAUUUACAUCGGAGAGUUGGCCCCUACCGAGAUUCGUGGCCAAAUCAUGGGCUUCUGGCAGUUGUUCUACUCUGUGGGAUCCUUCAUUGCAUACUGGAUUGCAUACGCCACUGGACUUCAUUCCGAGGCCUUGGGCCAAUGGGACUGGAAGUUGGUCAUCAUCUUCCAGAUUAUGGUCCCUGCAAUCAUCUGCGUUCUCUUGCCAUUCAUUCCAGAGACGCCCAGAUGGUACAUUCAAAAAGGCAGAAUUGAAGAAGCAAGGGCAUCGCUCAUGAAGAUUCGUGACACACCUGAAGAAGUCGAAGAGGAGAUCUUGAUGAUUCGCGAGGCAAUGGCAUACGAAAACGAAAUGAACAGUGGCAACCAGGGUCUAUCCCAGUACAAGGCUUUGCUUACGGACAGGUCUGUUCGUAAGCGUCUUUGGAUUGCCUUCAUUAUCAACGGCGGGCAGCAGCUCACUGGCCAAGGCAGUCUCAACUCAUACUCGUCGCAGAUCUACAAGGGAAUCUACAAGGAUAAGCACACCAUCGAUUUGAUCAAUGCCAUCAACGGAACUUGCGGUAUUCUGUUCACAUUGAACGCUGUCUGGACUGUCGAUCGAUACGGCCGAAAGUUCCUCUUCAUCGUAGGAGGAAUCGGAAUGGCAGUCUGCAUGAUCGCUUUUGCAUCCGUCGGCAUCGCCACCCCUGACACCUUCUACCUGUCCAAAGGAAAGGAAGUUCUCACCAAAGAGCAGCCCGUCGGCAUUGCCCUCACGUUCUUGCUCUUCCUCUUCAUCUUCUUCUACAAGCCAACUUGGGGUGCAACCACCUGGAUUUGGACCGCUGAAGUCUUCUCGAUGAACGUCCGCGCCCAAGCUGUCGGCAUGUGCUCGCAGUGGCAGAACGUCUCCAACCUGAUCUUUAACCAGUUCUUCCCAGUCUUCCUAGCCAAGGCUAGUUUCUACACCUUCUACUUCUUUGGUGGGAUCAACGUUAUGCUUGCCAUAUUUGUCUUGUUCAUCGUCCCAGAGACGAGGAACGUCAUGCUGGAGGAGAUGGACACUCUCUUCGGUGGACCUAACCAUAUCGAGAAGGGAGGAGCCCAGCUCUUUGAAAAUGGUGACGACAAGGUUGGUACUACUGCAAACACGGAGCUCAAGAACAUCGCUGUGGAGGAAGAGCAUGCGCCCGCUGUUGCUGGGUCAAAGGUUUAGUGGUUGUCUGGUUGGAAACUCUGUGUCGUUUGACAUGUGAGUGGUACAUCAUGGCGAGGAAGAGGAGCCUUUCUAGAGGCCGGUUCUAUACAGCAACAUAAACCACAAUAUUAGCGAGCUAGUCUCUAAUAUAUUUUAAUUGAUUGCUGG